UUUAGUUGUCCCAACCUGAUGAGCUGACUGGUACGCGAACGCAGCCGAUUCUUGUUAUGUUUAGACGGCAACAACCGUCAUUUUCUUCUCCAGUCGCUUAAUUAACAAGAAAAUGAAUCACCACUGAAGUCGAGUCGACGUUCGGAAAGGCUAAGUAAGCGGCGAUAGAAUCGGCCGCGACGAGCGCUCCGUAAACCCGCGUCCAGUCGGCGAGAGUCCAGCCUCAUCCUCCGCCUCCUCCUUCCCGGAGCUCCAGAUACAUGUUGGCGGCCGCAGCCCUCUCGCUGGUUCCGGGGGGGCUUCGAGCCUUUGUUCUCCCGCGGACGACGUCCGCCUCGGCUUCUGCGGCUGGUGGAAGGACCCCUCGUGUAUUGUUGGGGGCUUGUUGACGCGUUAAAAAUGGCAGCUUUUUGAAAAGGAGACACGGAGCGGUCGUGAAGCAAUGCUGCCGGGACGCUGCGGAGAAGCUAAGCAGGCUAAUGAUGCGUUAGCUCUCGGAUAAGUCCCACUUUGAACCAGCUCCAUCCUUGCUUUCCUCCUCUUUUUCUGUCAGAAGAAACCACUUUGUUGCCCGGAUUUCGGAAUGCUGAAUUUUUGCUGUCCGUCUUAAAGCUCUGUUCGAUUCCGAAGUCGCCCUUUCUCCUCGGUGUUUCGGGACAAUUCCUAAAAAUGGAUCCCUCCAGGAGAUGCUCGGCGAAAGUCCUAUACUGGUUGGCGGUGUGGGUUCUGGUCCAUUUGUUCGUGUUUGCCAACGCGUCACCCCCCAAAGCCUGCGACAAGUCGUGUCUGUCAGGGAAAUGUGUCAACGGGUCGUGCGUGUGCGAGCCAGGAUGGGUGGGCGACCAGUGCCAGCAUUGCCAGGGCAGGUUCAAGUUGAGCGAGCCUUCGGGAUUCCUGACGGAUGGUCCCGUCAACUACAAGUACAAAACAAAGUGUACCUGGCUUAUCGAGGGCUACCCCAACGCCAUACUUCGCUUGCGUUUCAACCACUUUGCCACAGAGUGCAGCUGGGACCACAUGUAUGUUUACGAUGGCGACUCUGUGUACGCUCCGCUGGUUGCUGUUUUCAGCGGGCUUAUCGUACCGCAGUUGAGAGGGAACGAGACUGUCCCCGAGGUGGAGACCACAUCGGGCUACGCACUGCUCCACUUUUUCAGCGACGCUGCCUAUAACCUGACAGGAUUUGAAAUAUUCUACUCGAUCAACUCGUGCCCCAACAACUGCUCGGGCCACGGCAAGUGCACGCCGAGCAACUCUGCGGCCAGCCGCGUGUACUGCGAGUGCGACAAAUACUGGAAGGGGGAGGCCUGCCACAUCCCGUACUGCCGCAACAACUGCGGCAGUCCCGACCGCGGCUACUGCGAUCUGACUGGCGAGAAGCUGUGCGUCUGCAACGACAGCUGGCAAGGCCCCGACUGCUCUCUCCGCGUGCCGUCCGCUGAGGCCUUCUGGGCGCUUCCCGCCGUCAAACCCUUCGGCGCCUCGCUGGGCCGGGCUUCCCACCGGGCCCUUGUGCAGGACAAGGUCAUGUGGGUCGUGGGCGGCUACACCUUCAACGUCACCUCGUUCCAGAUGAUCCUCAACUACAACCUGGAGAGCGACACUUGGAAUACGGUGCCCGUCAACGGCGGUCCCGCGCCCAGAUACAGCCACUCGCUGGCCGUCCACCAGGACGACAUCUACAUGUUCGGCGGCAAGCUGGAAUCCGGUCGGGGGAACGUGACGGACGAGCUGUGGGUGUUCAACAUUCCCGCCCGCUCGUGGCAGCGGCGGAACCCCGCGGUGGGCGCGCAAGUCUACGCGGUGGAGGGCCACACGGCGCACUGCGUAGUCCCUGAAGACGGCCAGGCGGUCAUGCUGGUUAUCUUCGGCUACUCGCCCAUUUACAGCUACGUCAGCAAUGUUCAGGAGUAUAAUCUCAGAAGCAACACUUGGAACGUCCCGGAGACCAAAGGCGCAGUUCCUCUGGGCGGUUAUGGCCACACCAGCACAUACGACCGAGCUGGCGGCAGCAUUUACGUCCAUGGGGGCUACAAGGCGCUGCUGGCUAACAAAUUCGGCCUGGUGGACGACCUCUACCGAUACGAUGUCAACGCGCGGACGUGGUUCAUCCUGCGAGAGAGCGGCUUUCCACGCUACCUUCACUCGGCCGUGCUCCUCAGCGGUACGUUGCUAGUGUUUGGCGGCAACACCCACAACGACACGUCGCUGAGCAACGGCGCCAAGUGCUUUUCCGCAGACUUCCUUGCUUAUGACAUCGCGUGCGACGAGUGGAGUGUUCUGCCGAAACCAGACCUGCGCAGGGACGUCAACCGCUUCGGACACUCGGCCGUAGUCAGCAACGGCUCCAUGGUCGUGUUCGGUGGCUUCUCCGGCGUCCUUCUCCACGACGUGCUGGCGUACCGGCCGCCCAGCUGCCGGGCCUUCGCUACAGAGGAAAGCUGCGCCGGCGCCGGCCCGGGUGUGCGUUGCAUCUGGAGCAGAGGACGCUGCAUUCCCUGGGAAGCUGGCGUAAACGCAGGGACCCUCACGCCAGCCCGCUUUUGCCCACCCAAAGCAGCUACCGUCGACGAGCGAUGCUACCGCUUCUCAGACUGCGCCAGCUGCACCGCCAACACCAACGGAUGCCAGUGGUGCGACGACAAAAAGUGCAUCGCGGCGUCCAGCAACUGCAGUGUUAACGUGAGGAACUUCACCGCUUGCCCCGUGCGCAACGAGCAGGUGUGCAGCAAGCUGGCCAACUGCAAGAGUUGCUCGCUUAAUCUUAACUGUCAGUGGGACCAGAACCAGUCCGAGUGCCACGCUCUGCCAGCCCAACAGUGCAGCGAGGGCUGGAGUCAAGUGGGCGAGGCCUGCUUGCGAAUCAACUCCAGCCGCGAGAGCUACGACAACGCCCAGCACUACUGCAAGAAUCUCCACGGCAACAUCGCCUCGCUCACCACCGCCAAGCAAGUGGACUUUGUUCUGGACCAGCUCAACAAGUUGCAGCAGCAGGACAAGCGUUUGUCGCCCUGGGUGGGUCUGCGGAAGAUCAACGUGUCGUACUGGGGCUGGGAGGAUAGCACGCCGUUCACCAACAGUAGUCUACGCUGGCUGCCCGGCGAGCCCAGCGACUCGGGCUUCUGCGCCUACCUGGAGGAGCCGCGGGUGUCGGGCCUCAGGGCCAACCCGUGCACUGCCACAGCCCACGGACUCAUCUGCGAGAAAGCCACAGGAAACCCCAACCAGAGCUCGCGCCCCCCAUGCAAGAAGUCGUGCUCGCUGCAUACCACCUGCGCCAACUGCACCAGCCAGGCCAUGGAGUGUAUGUGGUGCAGCAGCGCGCGCCGCUGCGUGGACUCUUCUGCCUACGUCAUCUCCUUCCCCUACGGACAGUGCCUGGAGUGGCAGACCGGAGACUGCCUGGCCCAGAACUGUUCUGGCUUGCGUACCUGCGGCCAAUGCCUGGAGCAGCCUGAGUGCGGGUGGUGCGGCGACCCCAGCAGCACGGGGAAGGGCCUGUGCACGGAGGGCUCCUUCCGGGGACCCGUCAAGAGGGGCCCGUCCCCUUCCUCCGACGCCACCCUGGAGCCGGGCCUCUGCCCCAAAGACAAAGGCUACGAGUGGACCUUUAUUCACUGCCCCGCGUGCCAGUGCAACGGCCACAGCACGUGCAUCAACGGCAGCGUGUGCGAGCAAUGCCGCAACUUGACCACCGGUCCUCACUGUCAGACCUGCAUGGCUGGUUACCACGGCGACCCCACCAACGGCGGAAAAUGCCAAGCCUGUAAGUGCAACGGCCACGCCAAUAUGUGCCAGGUGCUAACUGGCAAGUGCUUCUGCACCACCAAGGGCAUCAAGGGGGACCAGUGCCAGCUGUGUGACUCUGAAAACCGUUACCUUGGCAAUCCACUCAGAGGAACCUGCUACUACAACCUGUUGAUCGACUACCAGUUCACCUUCAGUCUCAUCCAGGAAGAUGAUAAUCACUACACGGCCAUCAACUUCAUGGCAUCACCUGAGCAGGCCAACAAGAACUUGGACAUGUCUAUUAACGCUUCCAACAACUUCAACCUCAACAUCACCUGGUCUGUCGGGUCCACAGCGGGCACCAUCUCCGGCGAGGAGGUCGCCAUCGUGUCCAAGAGCAACAUCAAGGAAUACCGAGACAGCUUCUCCUGCGAGAAGUACACCUUCAGGAGCAAUCCCAACAUCACUUUUUACGUCUACGUCAGUAACUUCUCCUGGCCCAUCAAGAUUCAGAUUGCAUUUUCCCAACACAACAGCAUCAUGGACCUCGUGCAGUUCUUCGUGACCUUCUUUAGUUGUUUUCUAUCGCUUCUGCUGGUGGCGGCGGUGGUGUGGAAGAUCAAGCAAACCUGCUGGGCUUCGCGCCGUCGAGAGCAACUGAUGAGGGAGCGUCAACAAAUGGCCAGCCGUCCCUUUGCUUCAGCCGCCGUCGUGAUCGACGCCAGAGGAGGCCAGUCCAGCGAGAUGCUGCAGCCGCUUUCCGAUGGUGCCCCGAAACCCGUUGCCAUGGAGCCGUGUUCUGGAGGCAAAGCGGCCGUGUUGACUGUGCUCAUGCGGCUGCCUUCAGGACCCGCCAACUUGCCCCCGCCAGGACAGUCAGGUUUGAUCGUGGCCAGCGCGCUGAUCGACGUUUCUCAGCAGAAAGCCUCGGAUUUUAAGGAAAAGUCGCUGGCGUCCAAGAACCGAAAAGCCCUCGCUCCGACACACCAGGGCACCUGCGUCUGAGUGUUUUUCUCCCCCCCCGACGUCGGACGUCGUCCCACAAACGAAAGCUCGUCCUGCCGCUCGAUUGCUGAGGAGCGCCGCCGAGAAUGGCUGAACUUCGUUGUCAAACGCCUCCUCGUUCUUUGCCCGGCGCAAGCCAAUGCGGUGAUCGCUAUGCAUUUGGGCAACCGACGCCUAUCGCUUCUCCUCCUUUAGUCGCGUUUUGCACGCCGUGUCCUAAAAGCACGCCGACGGUUUUACCGCCUGAAGGAAAUGUACAUUUGCAGCCAAAUGUCUUUUAGCGUUUAAAACUGGAAAAUCUCGGACCUUUGGAAGCGAGGCCUUCCCGCUUCUUUGUUUUCUACACCUUUUUCCCGCCGUUUUGUAUUGCGAGCGGGGGAGGGGAACUCUGUUUUUUUCCCUAUGCUGUACAGUGUUUGCUUUUGAAGAAACGUGAGUUUUUGUCUCUUCCCGAGGCCCAAGCGGGCACGUUUUCCUUUUUUUUUCUUCAAUUUACAAGACGAUUGUAAAUAAGAGCAUUUCUGUUGUUUUGAUAUUUAACACGAUUCCUGUUUAAUAGCACAUUUAAAUGCAUUUUGAUAGUCUUGUUUUUUGUUUUUUAAACCUUUCGGGCAUUGCCGUCGCAAAAAAAAAAGGUUAUGUUGCAUUAUUUGUUUACCGUGUGCUUCGAUGUUACACGGGAAUCCAAAAGACAAAAAAAAAAAAAGAGGAGACGGACUGUCUGUCAGUAAUCGUUGUAUUUUAACUCAUUGAGAGUGCUAGACGUCCAAUCCAAUUCGACUGGGGGGGCUGGCAGCGAUCGAUCGCUGCCAGCCCCCCCAGUCGAAUUGGAUUAGACGUCUAGCGCCGUCAAUGGCAAUGAAACUUGAUCACUCUAUGCCAGCCAGUCUCGCUGUCAAAUGGCAGCGAAUAGGUUAAGGAUCAACCACAUGAUGGAAUAUUAAAAAACGAGAAAUGAAAA